AUGGACAACAAAUCAAAACCUACUGAUGCUAGAAAACGCAGAGAGCGUAGAAACAAAAGGGGACAUGAUGAGAAGAAUGACACCGACACACGUACACCAAAGACCCCUACGGAGCUAGCACGGUGUGCAAAAUACAAAAGAAAUAGACAUAAAUCAAUUGGUUCAGGUGCUUUGACAAAUGUUGUUCAGAAGAUCCACUGGGUUGAUGAGAAAUACAAUCCGGUUCUUAGGCUUGACAAGCGUGAUCCUCCUACAAUUGAAGAGGCUUUGGAACUUAGUCUCCCGCUCUUUGAAAUUCAACAAUCUUUAAUCAAACAACUCAAAGCUUUAUCUGGUGGAAACCUUGAUCACAAAGACACUCACAAUCCGGAUGCAUUCGGAGGGAAUCUCAGCUUUACCAUGGAUUGUUUCUCUGGUAUACCUCACACCAAUGGUGACACUCCGGGUGGAUGGUCUCAAGGAAUUUGGUUUCAAGCUUUUAGAGAAACUGGAAAGAUGGCUAGCCAGGCUGAUGAUGGAUUUGAAGUCAAAGAUGGUGAAUUUUACUGGCCCGAUUUUAAUGUUAUUGUUGAUUUGCAAGCUGUGAUGGGAUUGUCAAAAUUCUAUGGCGCGGGGCCCACAAUCAUCACUGUACUCUCACAUCUCACAAACCCUCAAGAUCUUUCACCAGGCUUGGAACCUCUGUUCAACUCAGCCAUCGCCGAUGAAGCAACCCUUAUAAAGGAACCUAAAUCAUCACGAAAGAGAAAGAAUGAUUCGGUUGUUGGAGAAGAUGGUACAGUUGUAGAAGAAAAGAAAAAGAUAAGAUUUAUCAAAUCUCCUAUGUAUCUCGUCAAAGAGAUAGGAGAACAAAGUCAGAAAUUUAAAUAG